AUGCCUGUGCCUGUGGGUUCUAUGCCUGGCGGCCAGCAUGGCCCCUCGACUCUUGACAAGCUGAAGAUGGGCGGGAUGAUGGGUGGAUCUGUCGGCCUAAUCAUUGGUUUCAUAUUCGGAUUCACCAACAUCAUCCGUUACGGCCCCGGGCCUAACGGCAUGCUGCGUACACUAGGACAGUACAUGCUGGGCUCAGCAGCGACGUUCGGCUUCUUCAUGGCCAUUGGCACCACAAUCCGAACCGAAAGCUCCCUGAUAGCUACCGAAGCUUUUGCGAAAGCUUACAGACGGCCGAUGAUUCUCCCACGACAGUACCAAUACCCACGAGCGUCGCGUGAGGAGAAGAACUAG